UGUUCCUCGUGCAUCAGUCAGUAGUGCAGCGGUUGUGUGGUGUUCGGAACUGAUCUCAGAACAGCGCUGAGCGUCGCUCGCUGCUCAACGUUAUACUGACUCCAUUUUGUGUGAAGGGCCAUUCGCACAGACACGACACAUUCAGAGGAGAAACAUCAGCAAGAUGAGCGGUUGUCGUAUUUUCAUCGGUCGAUUGAACCCCUCUGCUCGAGAGAAGGACGUCGAGCGGUUCUUCAAGGGUUAUGGAAAAAUAAGGGACAUUGACCUGAAAAGAGGCUUCGGAUUUGUGGAAUUUGAUGAUCCGAGAGAUGCAGAAGAUGCUGUUUAUGAGCUUGAUGGGAAAGAGCUCUGCAAUGAGAGGGUGACCAUUGAACAUGCCCGUGUCCGUCUGCGUGGGGGCCGAGGCCGUGGUGGUGGUGGCGGCGGCGGUGGUGGAGGACGUUUUCCUGGUCGGUAUGCUCGUGGCUCCCAGGACAGCCGGAGGAAUCCUCCACCAAUGCGCACAGAGAAUCGCCUCAUUGUGGAGAAUUUGUCAUCAAGAGUCAGCUGGCAGGAUUUAAAGGAUUUCAUGAGACAAGCUGGAGAGGUUACUUUUGCAGAUGCCCAUCGGCCAAAGCUUAAUGAGGGUGUGGUUGAGUUUGCUUCUCAUAGUGAUCUAAAAAAUGCCAUGGAGAAGUUGUCUGGGAAGGAGAUCAAUGGAAGGAAAAUCAAACUUGUCGAGGCGGCCAGGAAAAAAUCCAGAACUCGGUCCCGUUCAAAUAGCUCUUCCCGUUCUCGUUCCCGAGGGCGCUCCACGUCACGUUCUCGUAGCCGCUCCCAUUCCCACAGCCCCAAAUCGCAUAACCGCUCCAGAAGCCGGUCCCGUUCGGCCAGUGCUUCUCCUGUGCGGCCCAAAGAAGCACCACGUGCUGAAUCGGCAUCACCGCCGCCCCCAGCACAGCGCCCCCCACCGUCCCGCUCCCCAUCUGCUGACAGUCGUCAUUAGCCUCCACUGCCCUGUGUGCUGAGAGAUGCAUCUGUGGUCAAUACUGCAAGAGGCUGAUGAAGUUAGCAAUAUUGUCCCAUCUUUGGUCAGUUUAGGUCCUGUAAGUGGAGGGACAGCCUCUCUACAUGCCAGGAGUUUCACAGCACGGGCUCUGUUGCUAGUUUAAAGGCAUUUGAUGGGAGAAUCACAUUAAAUCAGGAAUAUACUGCUGUUUUUGGGUGUUUUUUUUUUUUAAGUUCAUGUCUAAAAUGGGUAUGUGGUUGUUAUUUUUAUCAAUAUAUACAGAGUGAGGUUUGGUUGUUGAGAGUCUUUAAUUGUAAAAAUAUAUAUUGUUUUCAAUUAUUGCGACCCUAUGAUGUGCGUUGAAAAUACUGAAUUAGGGUUUUAUAAGUAAUACAUAGUAUGAAUCCUGAAAAGAAAAAGGCUUUUAGUGCUUCAUGAAAUGCUGAUAAGAAUAUGAAUUUCAAGUGCAAGAACUGCCACACAAAAUGAGGUGCAAAAACAAAAUGAGGAGCAAGGCCAGAACAGCCAUUUCAUAUCCAAAAUAUCCACCUUUUUCUUCAACGCGGAAGUAAACCUAUGGGUGAGACUUCCGGGUCAUUAGCCGCUAUAGAGACCGGCAUUUAGACCCAUAGAAUUUACAAAUGGCUGCACCCAUUUUUACGGCAAGAAAAGGGUGGUAAAAUGAAGUUUCUAAUACUUUGCGGGUCUUUCAGUGUUUUAUGAAACCGCUUGUGCUGUUUGGGCCAGCUGACUUUAUUUUUGUUACUUCAUGAAUAUACGGUAUGUUUAAUUGUUUGUAAUGUGGAUGCUUUAAUUAUAAUCAAAGAAUCGCCCAAGUUCCCUCCGUGCUGCAUGAUAAAAGAGAUCUUUUCUCAUUUGUGAGCCCCGUAUCAUAUACACCAGGGAUCCACUUUCCUGCAGAGUUUAGCUGUAACCCUAAUCAAACACACCUGAACAUGCUAAUCGUUGUCUUCAGGAUCAUUAGAAAAUCACAGACAGGUGAGUUUGAUCAGGGUUUUAGCUAAACUCUGCAGCAGACUGGCCCUCCAGGGUAAGAUUCGAGGAACCCUGAUAUACACCCUAUUCAAAUGCAUUUAAUUUUUAAUUGUGGAUACGCAUUUCAAUGUUGCAUUAGUUUGUAGGAGUAAAUUAUGCUUUUUUUGCAAUGCAUAGUUUCUUUUGUUUAACAAAACAGGAUAUGAUUUUAAUAUCAUUUCCGAUGUAUCGAGUAUUCCGGUUUUAUGUAAAAAUCAGGUUUUGUCUGGAUAUGUUUUGAUGCAUGUGUUACCUUUCUGUACCAUGGUACAAAUAUUACACAUGAAAAUGUUUUUGAUCAUUUAUAAAGUUUGUGUAGCACUGUUAAAAAUGAAUAAAUUACCGAAAAAUGUUA